CAGGCGCGCCAGACUCAGCUAUUAUAGCUGUCACAAUGGCCAAGCUCACACUCAUCGCCGUUGUCGCUGCGGCGCUGGCCGUCUCGGCCUUCGCUAGCGAGUUCACCAGCCCGCACGUCGCGCACCUGACCUCGUCGAACUACGAGGAGACGACUGGCGACGGCAAGGUGUACUUCGUCAAGUACUACGCUCCGUGGUGCGGCCACUGCAAGCGCCUGGCCAACACCUGGAAGGAGCUGGGCGAGGAGCUGAAGGACGUGGGUUCCAUCGUCAUUGCCCACGUCGACUGCACCACCGACCGCGACGUGUGCACCAACGCCCAGGUCAAGGGCUACCCCACGCUCAAGGUGAUCCACAAGGGUGAGGAGAUCAAGUCGUACCGCGGCCCGCGCGACAAGGACUCGCUCAAGUCCUUCAUCGAGGAGGCCGCCAAGGAGGUCACUACCGAGGCCUAAACGAGCGCGCUUGGCUUGCCAAGCAGCGUAUUGAAGCGUAGCAAAGCCACGUGAUGAAUAUCAGUGAUGUGGCGGCGGCUGGCGGGGGCUGGGUGUAGGUGUAAUGCUAUGGGCCUCGUGGCGGCCUGAGGACACCGGGCAGGGGCGGAGUGCGUGCAAGACAGCGGCGCGCGACGCGCGACGCGUGCGGGGCACGGCGUGAGGUGGCGGCCAGCUCUGUUGCGUGGUGAGAGCGGGGGCGUUCAAGGGCUGGCUGCACAGAGGCAGGACGCGCGCGUGGUGAUCUCCGCGCCGGUGAUGCGGUGUAUGACUGUAACUUUGAGUUGCA